AGAAAAACAUGCUGAAAAUCCGCUUGGCGUUAUUGCUGUUAACAGCGGUAUAUGCCAUUGUGGCUAACUCACAGUCAUGGAAUAACCGAGCUCCCCUGAUCAGCAAGUAUGCAACUGACGGACAGCCGGUUUCACUCACGUGCCGCAAACCACCCCCAGGGAAUGUUGGGUGGUUUAGACUUAAAGGAGGAGAUGUUUCCAAGAUCAACGUCGACCCCAGGAUACAAAUAUCCGCCAAAGGAACACUUUACUUCUCAUAUGUUAACAUCAUGGACACUGCGGUAUACAAGUGCGGCGUCACCAUCUCGUCUACCAUACAACUAGGUAGUCCGGUCCAACUGAACGUCACGACAGGUACAUUAAUCAAUACCAUUAAUUGA